CACUUCCGGUACAUGUGAAUUUACAUAGCAGGGCAGCCUUGUUUUGCGACAUCCGCAAAUUGAGAGGGAACAUGGGGGAUAAUCUUGGCCCCGACGUGUCUUUACAGGAUACCAAGGCUGCUUACAUUUUGAGCAAUGUGGCGGAGGUCGUCGAGCGAGUUCUUACCUUCGUACCGACCAAAUCUCUUCUCCAAAUCGCCAGUGUGUGCAGACUAUGGAGCAACUGUGCCCGCAGGGUGCUCAGGACUCAGCAGCAGUUGGCCUGGGUGUCAGCCUGUGGACCCUCCGAUAUGCACGGACAUGUUCUCUGCAAGGUCCUGGCUGAGGAAGUGGAGAAAGUAUUUCUCCUGCCCAAAACAGUUAUUGCAAUGGUGGAUUGUGAGGCCCUCAAUGAAGACGUGCACUGCUACAGACGGAAUCGAGCAAAAAGGAGCCGUCACAGUCAAGACACAGUUGAGGACCUGUUCCCUCGAAAUUGUGACGUCAUGGGCAUUGCUGCACCUGGUAUCGUCUUGACUCCCACUGGCUCGAGCUGCAGGCCUCCAGAAGAGCACCAAGAGGGGGAGGCCGGCUUUGCCCUAAUGUUCCCCAGCAUGGAGGGUGUCGACAUCAAACCUUUUCACUUCUGUUUGAAUACCUUCCUCCCAACUGAUCUGAAAGAAGCAGGACUUGUAGACAACCCAGAGCUACGAGUGGUGCUUAUCUUUUUCUAUGAGACGUAUCGAUCCAGAGGGGUGCAAUUCCUUAACCAAAUACUGGUGCCUCUGGCCAAGAGCACAGCUCUGAUCACAGGAGGACUGGUAGAAAAAGUCUUCCUUCCCACCAGAUACUGCUGCAGCAAGGGAGGGUGCGGCGUGAUGGGCCUUACUUUGAGCGGUCCUAAAGUGCAGGCAGCGUCUGUGCUCCUGGACCAGGAUGUGGUCAGCCCCAAGACGGCCGAAGCUACAAUCCGCAGGCUAAAGGCCGCUAAGAUUCCGGAGAAGAAUACGCUGGGGUUCAUGUUCGCCUGCGUGGGCAGAGGCCAGAAUUACUACAACCAGAGCAAUGUGGAGGCCGACGCCUUCCGAAAAGUGUUCCCCGACGUGCCGCUCUUCGGCCUGUUCGGCAACGGAGAAAUCGGCUGCGACCGCAUUGUUAAAAACGACUACAAGCUGUUUGAAACUGACACAGACUCUCUGCAUCACGAGUACACCACAGUCAUGACGCUGGUCCAUCUGGGUUGAAGCUAAAAACAUUCAACAUCAUUCCUUUGCUUCAUCAGAGGUAACCCUUCAGCCGCCUUUUUGAAGACAACAUAUGGUUCUAUAGUCGAUCUACACACAUAUUAACACAGUUAAACUAGGAUUAAUAUCCAUAAUCUCUUUUAACAUCCUAUUAUGAUGUACUGUAGCUCUUUUGUAAAAUAUGUGUAAAUGAUGUGCAAACAGGCAGAUUUUAGGUCACCUCAUAGGGUUUUUGCUUUGCCCUCGGGUGACCCAAGCUUGGGAAAUAGGCACUUUUCCUUCGGGUGUGAGGAAUGUGAGUUUUCUUCUGCAAAGUCAAGGCGGUCACUUUGGUACACUAUAUGGACAUCGGUAUUUAGACACCUGGCUAAAAUAUGCAGCUGUCGCUGUUCUGGGAAAUUUGUUAAGAAGGUUCUGGCGUGUGUCUAUUCACCCAGAAGAUAAUUUGUGAGGUCAGAGGUUUAUGAGGUCAAUCAAGGAUACAUUAAUAGCCGUUGUUUUGUGCGACGGGAACAGAUAGCUCUUCCGCAAACUGUUUCCACCAAGUUGCAAACCUUGAAUUGUCCAAAAAAGGCUAAAGAAUUCAGGGACCUGUCCUUGGUUAAUUAAGAAGUCUAUCUCCGCCUUACUUUUGUCCAAAACCUAUAAGCUAAUUAACAUCAAGUGCAGGAAAACUGCAAACUAAAUGCAACAGAGUUAAAUCUAAAAUAGAAUAUAUUCUGUUCAUGAAUGCCCAAUGGCUCAGGAUUAAACCAUCUUGCCCAUGAGCCAAAUAUUGAGACAUAGUUAAUAUUGGUGCCGGCCCAGUGUAUCUACAUAAUUCUGGCGAGGAAAAUUAUAGACACAAUAUCUCCUAGCUUUUGGUGCAUAGUUUUUAAUGAAGCCUCUUCCUGUCUUGAAAUACUUUCUAGCGAUAAUGCUGCAAUUGACUUAAUUAUAUAUGUUCCUUUGUCAUGUUAACGUUGAUAUUAGGUGCAACAAUACCUGUCUUUUGUCAUUUGCGCUUUCCAAUACUUUGCUUAAAAGUGAUUAUUUUUCCCUUGACAGAUACUUCAUUUUGUGCAAUAUGUUCAGAUUCAAUACAGGAUUUGUUUAAUAUUGAUUUUCGUAAUGCUGAGGUUUGAUAAACGGGUGAAAGAUGUUUUUCUUGUAACCUUCAUUUUUUUAAUCAAAACUAAGCAUUGUUAUAUUUGUAAAGGCAGCUCAGGUCUUGAAUCUCAUGAGAUCAGAGGUGUGCAAACUUACUGAUAAAUUGAAGGAAUUGGGCCUCUUAUGCUACUUUUUUCACCCUUUUAAUAAGUGCGCUAAACCCAACCCUAAGUAUAGUUGACAAAACAAAUAUAUAUUUCAGAAACUUAAUUGUCACCAGAUUUAUUUUGCAAAUAACAAACAGUUAAAGUAUUUUUCCUCACAUGACAAAAAAACUUAUUUUGUAUGGCCUAAACAACAUUUUUCUCAUAAAUGCAAGUAAAUAAUUGACAUCUUAAGAAAUAAUAGUGUCCGUAAAUAUGCUAGUUUGUUUGUAAAAUGAUAAAUUACUGGGGUGAAAAAUCAUGCAUAUUUUUUUAUUUGGCAUUAAUACUGUAUAUUGUGGAGUUUUUUAAAAACCCGCCCGGAUUCUGCUUAUUCCCUCACUGUAGGAAGUAAAAAUCAAUACUUUUUUUGCCUUGAAAAGGUUUGGAAAAUGUUUUUCUUUAUUUUUAUUGAUCAGCUAAACUUCCCUUGAAGUCUUGUACUCCUAAAAAAGGGUUAACCAGUACGGCUCGCAACUAUUUUUUCUAACACUCGGAGGACAAAGGCUGACUUUUUUUUUUCCCUUCACUAAAUUGUUGCUAUAAUUUGGCCGUAUUUUUUUUGUUGUUACUCUAUUAUGCAUGUUUUUUUCCCUCAGAGGGUUUUUUUCAUGUUAAAUUAAAAAAAUUCAAUGCCCGAUUUUCUGUCUACAGGUGUACAUACUGUCAUUUAUUCCUCAAUACCCAAAAGCUAAAAAAUACCUAAGUCCAUAAUUUCAAAAAAUGGCAUAAAAACAUUUUUUACUUUCUCAGCUCAAAUCUCUCAAUCAACUUAUGACCUAAACAAAAAUAGCAAACUUUUUUUUUAACCCUUUUGAAGGCCGUUUGAUCAAAAGGUGCCACAGUCGUCAUUGAGUAUUACUUUGCAAAACAGUUUUACUAUUUUAAACCUGGCAUCUGAUCAAAAGGGUCAACAUUAAACAAAAAAAAAUAGUCAUCCUUUGCCACAUCACACUUCAAAUAUUGCAGCUUCACCACAUUGCAUAUCAUUUUCAUUUUUUUUUUUUUAAAGCAUUUACUGCAAAAAUUUUGCCCUACAUCAAGCAUUUUCAAGCAUAAAAAUGUCAAAACAAACUAUAAAUAUUAAUACAUAAUAUAGGCUGCAAGAUGAUCCCAAACCAAUUAGAACACAGUGUUCAGUAUCGUGGCCACUGAUUGGCUCAGCCUCACACAGCAUCACUAUAUUGGAUUAAGAGUGUAAAUGUGACUAAAUUGGGUUAUUUCAUGUCUAGAGGGCUCUCAUAAUGUAGAAUUUUUUUUUAUAGAUUGAACUCUAAACAGUUUUUUUAUGCUCUAGCUAAGAAAAUAUUAUCCAUCCAUCCAUCCAUUUUCUACCGCUUGUCCCUGUCAGGGUCGCGGGGAGCUGGAGUGUAUCCCAGCUGCAGUUGGGCGGAAGGUGGGGUACAAAUUUCUAAUUGAAAUGCAUUUAUUGCGGACAUGUCCGGAACCGAUUACAGCAAGAAACGAUGGAUCACUGUACAUGUUUGAUAGUUUUGUUUAAGACUGAAGGUUUAUUGAGAAAUUUGAGCAAAAAAAGGAAAAAAAUAUAAAAUGUUUUUGAUGGCUUUUAUGCCCUGUUUGGCUUUAAAGAUAAAUCAAAUCAAAUGGCCCUCUCGGUAUGUUGUUAAAUUCAAAUUCAUUCAUUAUUAAUGAAAAAUAUUGGCACUACACUAAAAUUAUUUGUCAACUGUUUAUUUGAGCAUUUUUUGAUCCAUACUGGAUUGGUUUUAGUGUCUUCCAUGUGCAAAAUGUAUCAACGUGGGCCUCCCACAUCCUUAAAUUUUUCACCCCUCACCUAAACUUUCUUCCUAAUGUACUGAUACCUGCCUUCUUCAAUGUUGUUACAAUACGCUGCGGGCUAGAAAAAAAAAAAAAAAGAAGUCUGCUGCAAAUGUCCCCUGUGCCGCACUUUUGACACCAUUGCAACAGAGUGUGCGGGUGUACCUAAUGUUGUGUCCUUUUUAGGCUUUGUGUAAUUAUUUUUGGUCUGGAUGCACUUUUCUGCAGGAUGUGCCAAAUCUGUUUCAAAAUUGUCCUAAAAUAAAUUAAGAGUAAAAAAUAA